AGUAAUCAUGCUUUCAAUUCGAGUAUUGGGUGUGUUCGCCGUUAUUGUGGUCGCAUUAGUUUUAGUAGAGUCUGACGUUGAACUUUGUGAAGACGAUGUGAACGUUUGUGAUGGUGAACUUCCAGCCAAUGCGAUGUGUUCAGGAGAGAAUAAUAAAACCAAGCGAUGUCAGUGUAAAAAGGGAUAUAGAAUGAGUCUGGACAUCGAUUGUAAAUCGAAUGGCUCGGUAUUUUCCUGCCAGGAUAUAGAUGAAUGUGCAACCAAUAAUGGAUCGUGUGAAUAUAAAUGUCAAAAUGAACCUGGUAGUUAUAACUGUUCGUGUCCAGAGGGGUCUGAAUUACAGGAAAACGGUUUGAAUUGUGGACCAAGUGAACCAGCUGUAAGGUGUCCACAAGGUGUGAAUAUCACUAACUCUGAUGAUGUAACAGAAUCCAGAAUAUUUGAUGAAGAUUUUAGUUUUAAUUGUACUCUAAUUGGUGUGAAGGGUAUUCUGAGAUGUGGUGAAAAUGGUACCUGGACAGAAAAGCAAGCUUGUCCAAGUGUAAGAAAAGAUUCUUAUUUUAUUUUGUUUGUGAAUGCCGUUAAAAUUACCGUACCCGAUAGUAAUUGUUCAAGAGCUUGUGCUGUCAUCUCUACGUGUGGAUAUACUUAUUUAAGCAAUCCAGCCGAAUGCAGCUAUUAUCCUAUUCCAGUCCUAUUCCUGAAUCCACUUAGCAAUCCAAGUCUUCCUCAAUGCAUUCAGAAAUGUCAAGAAGAUACAAAAUGCCUGACAAUGUCUUACAAAGAUACUUGCAUUUUAUUCAGUGCCAACGAAACCACGGUAGCUGCUUCAUUUUAUAUUGUCAUUACAGACGGGGGAAUCAUUGUUUCUUUUUAGUAGCCCAUGUUGCCAUCUUAAUGAAAUCACAUGGACCAGGCUAUUUUGAUUAAAAUACGUGUUUACGUGUCCUGU